AUGGCUGUACCGGACACUCUAAGCGAGGCCGAGCGUGCUGCUGCCUUGGUAGACGCCGAACAGAAGGCGGUGGCAAUGUUCAACAAGAUCGAGCCCCUCGUCCGUCCCGGUGUCGGCGAGAAGGAGCUCAGCGAAACGAUCCACAAACUCGGCGUCGAGCUGUACGACGUCAAGACGCACUGGCACAAGCGAGUCGUGCGGAGCGGCCCCAACACCCUCUGCCCCUUCAACGACAACCCCCCCGACAGGAUCAUCCAGGAGGACGAUAUCGUCGUGGUCGACCUGGGCCCCGUCUUCGAGCAGUGGGAGGCCGACUUCGGGCGCACCUACGUCCUCGGCAACGACCCGGAGAAGAUCAAGCUGCGCGACGCGCUGGAGCCCCUCUGGAAGUCGGUCAAGGCCGAGUACCAGAAGAACCCGGACAUGACGGGCGAGGAGCUGUACGACAUCGCGUGCAAGGCUGUUGAGAAGGACGGGUGGAUCUUUGGCGCGCACCUCGCUGGGCAUAUUGUCGGGUCGUUCCCUCACGAGCGAAUUCCUCGUGAUAAGACGACUCUCUAUAUCAGCAAGGGGAACGACAAGCCCAUGACAACACCUGGAAAAGACGGGAAGAAGCGGCAUUGGAUUCUUGAAAUUCACCUGCGUGAACCUCAGCAGAGGUAUGGUGGAUUCAUGGAGCAGCUGCUCACGGCAUAG